GUACGUUUAGCACGAGAUGAGGGGCGCGACUGACUAUUUAAGUGCAAGCUACUGCGUAUAACUGCGGCUAUCAUUCAAGUUUGAGCUGCACCACUGAACUCCAACUACCUGGUAUCCUGAGUCAAGAGGAGUGAUGGCAUUGAAUGCGGAUUUCAAUUACUCAACUACUGCAAACGAAUCAACAAGUGAAUGCCCCUACGAUUAUUGUGUGCAAGACACAAUUUUCAGGAAGGUCUUUGGCACUAUAAUCUUCCUGGUAGUGUGGCCAUUCAUAGUUCAGGACAUCAGGUACUUUCCAAUUGGAAGGCCAGCAGCUGCACUUCUUGGAGCUACACUGAUGGUUGUUUUCACUGUUGCACCUCAGGAGCAAGUUUUUCGCAUUCUUGGUGAUAAAGGAAACAUACAAACUAUAUGUCUUCUUGUAGGUAUGAUGGCUUUGUCUUACUACUAUGAUCGGGAGGGCUUGCUACACAUUGUCACACUCUGGAUCUUUGGCAAGCGAAAACCGUUUAGGCAUGUCUUAUGGAAAGUUUGCAUACUCACGGCAACUCUCUCUGCACUUAUAACCAAUGAUGCUACUUGCGUAGUAUGACUCCUCUUUUACUGGCAGAGCACACUGAUCAAAAACGAGACAAAAAGGAGAUUGUUCCACUACUAAUGAGCAUAGCAACUUCUGCAAAUAUUGGCAGUGCUUCAACAUUCUUUGGAAACCCACAAAAUGCUUACAUUGCCAGCACUGCCGGCCUUUCUCUCCUAAUUUUCUUUAUCACCUCUCUGCCAGCAGCUAUCAUCGGAUUGGCAAUAAACACAAGUUUGCUUUAUGCCAUCUAUUACAAGGUAAUAUUUGGUUCGAGAGAAUCUAACGUGGAGAGAGAAAACAGACGUGAAGGUGAGAGUGUAUUAACUAGUUCGAUAGCAGAAGAGAGACUGGAAACCUCGAUACAGUUUGACAAUAGUCGCGAUCCAUUUAGGGGUAGUGACAUUGCUGCACAUCGAAACGUGGCCCACAACGCACCUCAUAGCAAAACAGUAACUCUCCAUGACAAUGAGGGGGAACAAAGUAAGCUCUCCCAAAAGCAUAAGGAAAAUGUGUUCAGUGCCUCACUUCCAAAUCUUGGACAUUACUCGGAUCAAGCAAUUACAAGGCGAAAUGUGUUUUUAAGUCAAAACAGCAUAUCACAAUGUGGCAAUGAUAGAAGUACAAAGGAGAUCAAGAAAAGGUCAUGGAACAGAAAGGCCUUUGUUGUAUUGUUGAUUAUAAUAACAACUGUGUUGAUUGGGCUGCUAGCUGUUCCUCCCCAACAACAUAUUGAAUUCAAUCUCGGUCUUCUUCCUUUUGGAGCUGCUGUUUUCACAAUGCUUGCCGACACAAUCCUAAACUGCAAGCACGCAAGAAAAGUCAUGAUUGAAAUUGAUUGGCCUGUGAUCCUAAUGUUCUAUGGACUCUUCGUGUGGCUAGCUGGCUUUACCAACACUUACCUUCCAAGCAAAGCCCUUGAUGAGAUUCAAAAGUACAUGGAUCUCUCUACUGUUGGCGGUGUCUUGCUCUUUACCGUUUUUGUGAUCCUGGGUUCAAACAUUCUCAGUAACGUUCCUCUGGUAAUUCUUUUGAUUGGAAGGCUUGAUUCCUUCAACUGUGGAAAGGAGGACUGUUCUCAGCUGGUCGGAGUUCUACUUGCCUGGGUAUCAACGAUUGCUGGUAACUUUACCUUAAUUGGUAGCAUCGCCAACCUUAUUGUAGCGGAAAAGGCUAGGAGUUGCAUUGGACAUAAUCUUACCUUUCUUACUUAUCUCAAGUUUGGUUUCUUAUCAACUUUUAUUGUUCUGUUUACUGGGCUGCCUAUCGUUUAUUUUGCUGCAAAUUAUGUUAACUUAAAACUGUAACAUAUACACCUUACACAUGUGGUUUUGCAGGGAAAUACCUUACACAUGUGGUCCUGAAGAGUGUAACUAUAAUUAUCUCGUAUAAUUAUAUCCAUGUAUGAAUCGUUUUUUCCUUUAUACAAAUUCCGUUAUUAACCCUCGGUGCGC